AUGACUAAGGAUGUGCUUUGUUUGGGUCCAGGGUUUCCUCAUAAGGUCAGAACAGUGAAAAAGGCCUGCUCGUCGCUGCCGGCCGUUUCCUCCGCCCGCGGGGCCGCGCCGGCCGCCUCCUCUCCAGCCUCGCUGCUGCCUUACCACUGCCGCUGCUUCUUACCAACCCCUGCUCGCGCGGCCGCGCGCGCUGCUCCCUACUCGCGUCCGGGCGAGCGCCAGCGCCAUCCCGCUCCGCUCCUGCGCCUCGCGCCUUCAGCCCGGACAGAAGCUCCAGCGAAAACUGCCCGCCUCCUCCUGGCAUCCUCUGCGUUCUCCUCCCGCACACACUGUGCCGCACGCCUCUCCGCGCGCCCGCCCAGCAGCAACGCCGCGCCUUUGCCUGCCCCGCCGCUGCGGGCCGCCUGCCCCGGGUCCCCGCGCCAACGCGCAAGGGCUCUGCCCGCCCCGCCUGUCGCCGCUUUUCCGGCCGGCGGCGCGCCCGCGACCCCCGCGCCAGGCCGCCUUGGCCCUCCUCCUCGCGAGCUCCCCCGUCGGCGGUCAUCACCACAACCUCCCGCUCGGGCCGGCCGCCCAUCCUGCCCCGGCCUCCCGCGCGCGGUCCCAUCCGCGCCGGUCCGGCCGCCGGCUCCGCCCGCUCCACCAACUGCGCGCAUCGCCCCCGCGCACCGACCCGCCUGUCGCCGCUCCAUCAACCGCGCGCUCACCGUCCGCGCCCGCCGGCUCCCACCAUGCGCAGGCCGGCUUCCGCUGCUUCCCAGCCGCAGGCUCCCGCCGCCCGGCUUGCUGGUUUCCCCGCAACCCGGCCUGCUCCGCUCCUCUGCGUCUGCCGGGUCCCCCGCGGCCGCCUCACCUCUCCUCCCGCUCCGGCCCAGCGCCCCGCCGUCGUCCGCCCGCGCCACCGCGGGUCGCCUCGCUGCUGCUCUCCAUCGACUGCGGCCACAGGGUCGCAUGGCCGCGCGCCUGCGGCCUCCCCGUCGCCUCCGCCUCCUGCGCGCCGGCUGCGGCGCCCCGGCACGCCGGCUCUGCCCGCACCGGCUUCCUUGCAACCCGGCCUGCCGGCUUCGCCCCGUGCCGGCUUCCCCGCUGUUAAACUGUAUUAUGAUGUCUUCCGCUGCUCCCGCCGCGGCCGUCGUCGCGCCGACCUCCGUCGCCGCCGUUGCGCCGGUCCUCGCCCCUACGUCACCGUUCCUCGCCUCUCGGCCCCUCGCGGUGGCCUAUGGAGCCCUGCCGCCGCCCGGUUCUCCGAUCGGAUCUGGCGCCUCGGGGGACCCUGCCUCGACCUCGACUGAGAUCGUUGCACCGCCGCCCUACGGUGUCGCUGCACCACCGCCCUACGGCGCCGCCUCACCGAUGCCCUACGGCUCUAACUCGUACGGCGCCGUCCCGGUGGCCCCUGGUGCACCGCCGCCGCCGUCGUCUUCGUGGCAGGUGGUGUCGUAUGGGGGCGCGGCCACCUCGCUGCAGCCGCCUUCCGGGUCCGCGGUCGCUCCGCUGCAGCAGUCCUACGGGGCCGCGGUGACUCCACAGCCGCAGCCUCACGGGGCCGCGGCCGCCUCGCCCUAUGGGGCUCAUGUUGCGCUGGACUAUGGCGCCCUCGCCGCUGGUCCUCCCGGGGAGGCGUGGGCGGCGCUUCACACUAGCUUCGCCUCUCAGUCUCAGGCACGUGCUCAUUCUAUACGCACCGAUCUGGGUGAGACCAAGCUUGGUGACCUCAGCAUCACGGACUACUUCAACAAGAUGACCGGUCUCGCCGACACGUUGGCCUCCGUUGGCCAGCAACCGCAGGAUGAGGAGUUCACCACCUAUGUGCUUAACGGGCUCGAUGAUGAUUAUGACAAUCUCAUUGAGAACGUUCAUGGCCGUGAUGAUCCACUUCCACCUCGUGAGCUUUAUGCACGACUCCUCGGCCAUGAACAGCGCAUUAAGGCGCGCCGUGUCUCCCCCGGCUUCGUCUCCGCCAACGCCGUGACUCGCGGUAAACCUCCGAAGUCAUCAUCAUCCGGUGGCAAAACGGCGCCCUCAUCACAGCAGGCCUCGCGGGGCAACGCGCCGACCAUCACUGGCGGUAGCCGGUCGGUUGCUUGA